CUGGCAAUCUUCAAAGUCUGUGACAAAGCCGACAUUUACUACUCGCCCUCCCCUCCCUGCCUAAAAGUGUCAAUGCUAUAAGUCACUCUUGGUACAAUAUGAUUAAGACCCAUGAAAACCCUGCAACGAGCAGCUGGUACACGACAUUAGCGUUUGAUUAGCUGGCCUUAAGAACUAAACACUAUAUUAUAAAAAAAAAAGGUUUGCCUUUAGAUAUAUGCACUUUGAGUUAGUCAACUGACUAACUGCGAGGCUCGUCAAACUUGAAAGCCGGAAUGUUCAUCAUUUAAACUCCCUAAAAGCUGGAUCAUUAUUGAGUAUUAUAUAUCUAACUACUUUGGUAAACCAUCUUGCAAGACAUAAAUGAUAACAGAUAACUGCUAAACCAGCUUGGACUACACUAAAAAAAAAACAACAAAUAAAUGCAGAAAGACUGAAGUAAUUUAUCCCAAAGACAACCAAAGAAAUAAAGUCAAAAAAUAUACUGCAAGCCACAAGGCCAUCAAGCUCAACAUUCCCAAGCAAAUAAUUGACAUCGAAAAAAAUUCAUAGAAUUGACUAUGUUGAAGAGCAACCAAUCAAUGUCUAAUAGCAGCCGAGCUUCUAACAUAUCAAACAAUACUACAAACUCCAAAGACUCCGAAUACAAUCGAUACAUUGGAGUGAUGUCAUUCACCUUUCUCAUUCUAAUUCUCAUUAUAUCUCUAGUGGGGAACAUGCUGGUUAUUUUGUCAUUCAGAGCAGUUCAAAAACUUCGAACAGUGACAAACUUCUUCGUGGUUUCCCUGGCUGUAGCUGAUCUUCUUAUAGCGGUAUUUUCCAUGCCCAUAUGGGCCGCUCACCUCUUAACGGGACCAGAUUGGAAAUACAGUAUCAUGCUAAUGAAGUUGUGGACCUGCGUCGAUAUUAUGUGUGGCGUUGCCUCGAUAAUAAACCUAACAGCAAUCAGCAUUGAACGGUAUAUUUGUAUUACAUAUCCAUUGAGUUAUCAUCAGACAAUGACACCUCACAAGGCCAUGGCAAUCAUCAUUGGUGUGUGGGGGUUUGCUUUUGCUAUGGCGUCUGUAAAAUUCAUAUUAUGGAAGUAUCCUCCACCAUUGUACGAACUCAUCAUCGUCAUCAGUUGUUUUAUUUUACCAUUUUUUAUCAUGUGUAUUAGCUACAAAAUGAUCUUCCAGACAGCACGGUACCAAGCAAGGCAAAUAGCACUUAUGGUUAAUGGCGGUGUCAAGAAGUUUUUCUUGUCUUCUGAGGUUCGCGCAGCGAAGACACUCGCAGUCGUGAUGGGAGCAUUCAUCAUCAGUUGGGGACCAUUCUUUAUCAUGAAUCUUAUCUAUGGAUUUUGUAACCAUUGUCUUUCCGCUGAAGCAGUUAUGGUCGCCAAGUGGAUGCAUUAUAGCAAUUCAGUCUUUAACCCGUUUGUCUAUGCAUGCAUGAAUAAGGAUUUUCGGGCCUCCUUCAUCUCCAUUCUGCUCAGCUGGAAAGUUUUCUUUCGUAAGAAGAAAAAAAGGCUUUCAUUUCCACCGACCACAGACCCUUCAGAGCUCAGUCUCAACAACUCAGCCUAACACUAUUCACUGCUUGCUGCAUCAUGGUGUGAUACAAAAGACAUGCCAACCAUGUUGGCUAACAUAACCAUAACCAUAUCUAAAGCAAACUAAUUAAGAUGGCGGGUCUGGCGUCACAUCACACACAACUUUGAAGGAAUUCAAAUGAAAGUCUAUAUUCCUUCAAAACUCUGUUUAAAACAAACUGAUAAUUUUAGAUAUUUUUAAAAUGCUUAAAAACCUAUAUAAGAUACAAUGGAAUUUGAUAAAGAGAAAAUAACAAGGGAGCAAACUAAACUACAGUGAAUUUGAUAAUCUCAAAUAUUUUUUAUUUAUGAGACAAUAGAGACAAACGAGAACAAUAAUAGGAACUUGGGGGGUGGGGAGGGGUUAUACCGACCCCUCCCCCCUCUUACAGUUAUUUGCACUGAAAUCCUUAGUCGCGUCUGGGAUCCACAGAUAAUAUUUCGCGUUAGAGAUAAAAGUCAAUCUAAUUGGAAUUGUUCGUUUAUUAUUAUCGCAAAAAAAAGGAGCCAGUUAACGUUGUAGUUGACAAGCAUAUAACAAUUUCGUUUUUGCUAGGACGCGCAGCGCGGUAACCAUCACGAUAUAGUGUGAGUUUAGUCGAUAGCGUGUCUCAUUAAUAGGAUGUCGUCAUUCCCUUAUUGUGAUAUAUAUUGCUGUUUCAGUCAAGCAAAAACUUUACUCCGAUGACGAAUUCGAGUCUUGCAUACGUUAAUUUGAUACGUCAUAUAUAUAUAUUAACGGUAUCUUGUAACGACAACAAAGCAACCUGUUAAAUAGCUUCAAAAAUAUAGCUGUUUUACAACAAAAGCCUUAUGUAAUCAUAAUAAUAAAGCGAUCUAAAGGGAAACUGAAUUGUAUUAACAGACCAUGUUACAAGACAACCUAAGGAUGGAGAAUAGAGUAGAAGAGGGUAGUGUAGGGUAAGGUAAGGUUGAAUAGGGUAGGGUAGGAUGGAGAAGGGUAGGGUAGAGUAGAAUAGGUUAGAAUGGGGUAGGUAUAGGGUAGAAUAGGUUUGGGUAGAGUGUGGUAGAGUGUGGUAGCUGAGGGUAGAGUAGGGUAGAACAGCGUAGUAGAGUACUAGGGUAGGGUAGAGAAGGGUGGGGGCGAAAAGUAAAAAUCACAUACUGAUAACAUCAUUUAAUCAAUUAAUGGCUUAGCGACGGAAACGCGUUGCGCAUGCUCAAUAAGUAUGGAACGUUGCAAUCUCGUACCCAGAGCCUGCGUUUCUUCUGGCCAGGAGACCAGGAUUUCUUGGACUUCCGGUUCAAAAGCGCAUGCGUUCAAAGACUUACCAAAGAUUAAAUACAUUUUCCAGAUUUCUAAUUUUUCCUAUGAUCUUUACUUUGAUUUUUACCUUGAUUAUUUUGAUCGGUUAUAUAUAUCUCUUUUUCGAAAAUUGCGCAUGCGCCAAAAAAUGGAUUAUGCCAGAGCCCUCGUUCUUCCCUGCAGGCCAGAAGAAACGCAGGCUCUGGAUACGAGAUUGGGAACGUUGGGUUUGUAUGCUGACAAUGAAAAUAAAAUCCAAAUGAAACUUA